AUGCCACAAAGCAUUUCACAAACAAAAAGUUUGCAUUCUUUUCUGUUUACGGAUUAUAAUAAAAAUGUGAAGCCAGUGUUAGACCAAUCCACUAGAGUUAAUUUUCAGAUGGAUUUUAUCUUAUUGGCUAUCAACGAAUUUGAUACAGUAGAAGGAACGUUGUCUUUGGUAGGUGUAUUGAACUGUUCAUGGACUGAUGAAUCUUUAGUGUGGACCCCAUCGUCAUACGGUGGUCUCUCAUCAAUUAACGUGCCACAAUCUGAUAUUUGGGUACCGGAUAUAUUUAUCAGCAACCAAGCUGAAAAGUUUACUCCAUUUGGAAAGUCAGUCGACAUCAAAUUAACAGUAUCACAUUCCGGAUUAGUGUCUUGGUAUCCUGGAGAUGUCAUGAAAGUAAAGUGCGCUCCAAAUUUAGAAAACUUUCCUUUUGAUAAACAAUCAUGUAGCAUUCAAUUUGUAGUAUUUGGAUCAUCAUCAACCGAAGUUAAUAUGUUUGGGAUAUCGCAGACGACAGUUAACACCGACUUUUUUUCAACCAAUAAAGAAUGGACGCUGGAUUCGACAUCACUUAAAUUAGAGUCGACAACGCUGGUUACGGCGACUCUCAAUAUUAGCCGUGCUUGGUUGUAUUUUACGGUUACUGUGUUAAUACCAAUAUACGUAAUUGGUUUGUUGAUCCCUCUAGUGUUUCUACUUCCGGUUGAUUCAGGAGAGCGUGUAUCUUUUAGUACCUCCAUAUUCCUUUCUUUUACAGUUGUAUUGACUCUGGUAAAUUCAGAAAUACCUUCUAUGUCGGAUCCGAUUCCUGGUAUAAUGAUUUUUAUAGAAUUAUUAACGGUAAUAAGCGGUUUAACUGUUGUCAUCAAUGUAGCGAUAUUAACGUACUACUUUUCUCCUGGCGAGGAAGUUAGAUCUACGUGUUUUCAAAGAUUUUUGUGUAUUUUUUCAACCUCGAACAAAAUAUAUGACAACGAAACUUCUAAUGAAAAUGCAAAACUGCAUGAAAAUAAUAACAUAAGAAAAAAAGACGUUGUCAAAAGAUUUAAUAAUGUUUUCUUAAUAGGAUCCUAUUUUGUCAUUAUAGUUUUAAGUGUUGCGUUUACAACUGGAAUCCGAUUUUUAUGA